AUUAGUUGUCAUCGGAAAACCAUGUUGAUGCAUUAACCUAGAAUUAUUCUUCCUUAAAAACAUACCUAAAAUUGUUCUAAUCAACUAGCAAAUCAGUGCUGUAAACACUGAAGCCCCAUCCGGACGUUAUCAGCUGAUUUAUCCGAUGGCAUAGAUUUAAAUGGGAAAGAUUGGAUGGAAUUUUACAGAAAAAAAACCAGCAAUGGCAGUCCUUCCCAGGAAGGGCAAGAAUUCGAACGUUUCCAGAAUAGUCACGCUGAAGGCAAGCCCGAAAGAUGGUUCCAUACGACGGCGAAAAAGGUGGGCGUUGCUGUUGCAGUUGGACAUGCCCGAAGAUUUUUCCAUGGAACGAUUUCUUAUGGCAUUUCGCAGGAUUUCCGCUGCUGGUGACCACCUUUCGACAUCGGUAAGUUUGAAAACUAUACUUUAAGCAUAUUUAUAUAUAAUAAAACACUAAAUCUGGCUACUAAAAACCACUGAUUGCACUGAAAAUUACCAGACAGACUUAAAUAUGUUUUCGAUCCUUUCGCAACUGUUACUUGCCAAUGUUUUUAUGCUGAGCAAACCUUAGAAAAUUACGUAAACUUUUUAUUUCACUCACUCUAGUGGAUAUGUACAUUGAGUAUGAGUGAGAUGAGCUAUUUAUGGGCUUGCGUGCUGCAUGGGUUAACUUGUACUAAAAUGUUCAGUUCAUGUCACCCUGAAAAUAACUAUCAGUUUACACUAUCGCUGAACAAUUGCAUCGCACUGAUGUAGACUGGCCAAAGAAGCGUGUAGUAUUUAAUUUAGUGUUUAAAAAAUGUCAUGUCGUUAAAUAAAUUUCGGGUGCCCCAAAUAUUUUGUUAGCCAGUCUAUAACAACACUAUAUUUCGUUGCAGUUCAACUCUAACUCAAAUCAGUACCAACACAAAUACACAUAUACAUAUAAAUAUAUGAAUUAUGGAACCAAUACACAUAAAUGCUUUAACUGAAUGCAAAUUAAAACAAUUCGUGAAACCUUACUUUUAUUGCUAUACAUCGAAAAAAUACACUUACAUUUAAAACACGAGUUCCCCAGAUAGACAAUGGAAAGCCAAAUUAUAUCCAAGUUCUUUUCCAAAGAUACUGUCGUUGAACGUGCAUGUAGAUGCUUGGAGGAAUUUUAAAAAAGUUGAGUUUUAGGCGAUUUAAUUUAAAAAAUAUACCGUGUGUAUCAAUAUAUUGAGCUAACUUUACGCAGUGAUAUUUAUUUCCAAAAACUAAAACAUGGAGUUAUUUAAUAUCUGCAGUGCGGAUAGAAACAUCCGUGAGGUAGUUGCAGCAGAGCCAACAAUCCUUGGUCUAAAAAAGGCUGCGUUCCAGCUGCUGAAAAAGCCUAUUCUUGCAUUAGUCAUGGAAGCUUCAGGAUUCAAGGUAUCCAAUGAUCAAGUAUUGAAGUUAAUCAAGCAUAAUAUCGUAAUGGUGCUAACCUUGAACGAGAUCUGGACUGAAGCCGAAGUUGAACAUUCUACUUUGGGCUGUGUUCAACAACAACAACAAACGAAAACCGAAGCACAAGUUACUGAACAAUCAGACAAUGAAGAAUUAGUGGACGUGAUUGUUCCAGAUGAGGAAUUUGACGAAACAGAUGAAAAUGAAAACUUGUCCUUACACAACACAUCGGAACCGCAGGCCAAACAUACUCCAGCCAAAAACAUAAGCAUAGAAUUACAACACCUUGCCGAAGUGACUCCAUCUACAUCAAACAAGGAAAGUCAACCUUGUGAACAAUUUGGAGAUGAAGUUCUGAACGUAACUACAAAUGUGAAUGAAAGCGCUCCUUUACUCAACGCCCCGGAACUGAAUGACCAAACUUCAGAAAGCAUCGACCCAAUUGAGCAGUCGCCACUCCUGGGCAAUGUUUCUGCUUCAAGCAAACAAUCAACGAAAGGGAGUGCAAGCGGGCAACAGCUCGAACAGGAACCAUGCACCUCAGGCAAAUCACCCAAACGAUCCCAGCAACAGGCAGUGAAACUUGGUACUAAAUUAAACGAAAUCAGUCUAUCUCCAGGCCCAGGAUUGAUUGCAGUUGACCUUGGAUCGUCACAGUGUGCAUACUAUGUUUUCGCGGAUAGCGCCCGACUGUCUGAAGGAGCUUCAACAAUUUUGAUUGCACUUCAGGACUUAUUUGGAAUCUUGUACAUAAAUAAUUUUAUGUAUCCAAAGGGAAAUUCUAAGUUUCUAGAAUUCAUUCAGCAGUACUUUUUAAAGAUCAUUCCGGCAUAUGGAUCUAAAUCUAAAGCAACGCGUGUCGGCAAACAACAACGAGUAGUAAAUCGCUUAAUCAGUGAAUUAUCUAGUAUUAACAACAUUGCUGAGCAAUGAAGAACAUUCGUGAUCUUUAGCUUAGAACAAGCACUCGAAAUGUAAUUUUAUGUGCAAAUAUGAUAGUUUAAAAUGGUUUGUUACAUUAUAAUAUUAACAGUUUAAUGCACGAUCGAGUUCCUAGUCAUAAAUCGUAAACAGUAUUGUUAAUCUAUGUUUGAGAUGCUCAGAUUCUAUUUUACAUUAAUCAAUUGUUAAAAUUAAAUGUGAUCGAGAUGAAUGUAAGAUUUCGUUUCCAAAAGAAGCGCACAAAUGCUUUUAAAACAUCAGCAAAAGCAGUCAGUAUGCAAAAUGAUUUAUUUGAAUUUAAAAAAGCGUUUAAUUUAACUGCGUCGUGAACUGCAGCGAUGAGGGACACAUGAGGCUAACAUAAAAAUGAUUCUAACCAAGUCAAAUUUAAGCAAUUUUAAUUCUAAUGAAACAUAGAUCACGGACACAAAACGUAUGAUAUGACAGCAUCCAUCAUUGAUUCGUUUCAAAGAAGAUUAAAAUCACUUAAAUUGUUUUUUUAGUCAUGCUUACUAACAUAUUUUUCUUUAUUUUCAUAUGCCAAUGCCUGCUGUGCUCGAGAAUUUCUCAAAUGGACCAAAUGAUCUGUGAAUCAAGCUGAAUGAUUUCGUCAAUAAUGCUGUUUAUGCUGCGACCGAAUGCUGUUUAUGCUGCGACAUAAUUUUGUUUAAUGCUGACCAUGUAUAGCUGUUUACGAAGACCAUCAUCAAAUCAACAGUUUAGUUUAUAAGUGAAGAUUAAAAAAUAUAGGCUAUAGGAAUUAUCAUGUAGGUUUAAAUCGGUAUCAUUCAAAAAAGUACAAUCAUAGUUCAUGAUCAUUCAUAAAUUGUCAUUCAUUUAUUUCAUGCAGCAUAUUUGUAAUUACUAUACCUCAGACGAUAAAUCUAGUUUAAUAAUGAAUGAACAUUAUGCAAUAUAAAAAUUACCGAAUUGACAAAAUAAGCGAGUUUUGUAAUGUAAAGAAAGAUGUACAACAAUAUCAAAGAUAAUAAGAUAAUUCCUGUGGAUUUCAAAUCAGAUGAAAAGUCAUUCGUAAAGGUUCCUAAUUUGCAUGCUUUGCUUUUGGAGUUAACAAUGCCUAAAAAGUGUCAUCAGUGUGAGAGUUGUUUAACAUUUACGUGAAAUGUUUAAAUUUAUAUAGAAAUGGAAUGGAACGUCGAGGCAAAGUACCCGAUUUUGGUAUUUUAUUUAAUUAUUUGCAUUUAAGGGCCACUUAACUCAAGAGUCAUUCGGGUCCGAUACCGAUUUUGGUAUAAAAACAGUAAAAAAUACUGAUGACAUUUGAAGGAUGCAUAGUUCCAGCGAAUGCAAUGCAUUUUAAGAACGGCAUAAACUUUUGAUUUUACAUCAGAUUUGAAAUUCACAGGGUAUAUAUUUUUUUCAAUUAUUGGUAAAUUUACGUAUAUUUCAUCGGAAAUUUACAUGUUUUUGAGACACUUUUUGUUCUAUAAG